CCGGCGAGGACGCGUUGACCCCGCGCAGCCAUGGCCUCGGCAGGGGCGGAGAGGCCGCCAGGAGCCCAGGAAGGGGUGGCCGUGGGGCCGGCACAGCUCGUGAAGGCACCCAGUGGCCGCUCUGAGGUGAUGGCCAAGGCUGUGAAGCCUUCACACCCUGGCCGUGCCACACUGGGGGACCGGACUCCGGAUGACCAAGCUGGGGCUGGGCAUGGGCUGGUGCCCUCCACCCCGUGUUUGGUGGCUAAUGCUGGGCACCAGCUGACUUAUGGCUAUAGACUCUACCUAACCAUGGUGACCAGUUGCCUAUGUGUCACUUCUAGUGCCCAGUGAUGGAAGCUCAGUGCCUGGAGCCAGCCUACGAGGCCUGCAGGACCCCAGGUGCAGACAGGUGUCCAAGAGGACAUGCCUCAGAGCCAGAGCUCCAGGAACGAGCGCUCAAGCCGCAGGGUUGAAGCUGAGCUGUCACCAGGGCUACUGCUGCAGAGGGAGGAGUCGGAGGGAAGCCAGAGUGAGCCCUCACCAUCCCCGAAACAGCACAAGAAAGCAAAGAAACGCAAGAGUCUUGGGGCUCCUGUGCUGGCCGCCAUGGCCAGCACAGUGCCUGCCCCCUCAGAGGCCUUGGGACCAGAGCGUGAGUGGCAGCCCCUGGGCCUCCUCUUCCCUCCCUGCCUGCUGGCCCAACAUGGCACAGAGCCUGGCACUCUAGCCCUUGCCCCGCCCUGGGUCCUUGCAGGAAAGGCCCAGCGCCUGAGGCCACUGUACCAGUACAUCAACUACUGCAACCCGGAGCUGAACCAGGCAGGGGAGGGGGACGAGGAGGCCAAGGCUGAGCUGCAGCCUGAGGCGGAGCUGGCUCUGGUUCCUGAGGAGGCGGGUGUGGAGCAACUGCAGGCCUUGCUGCCCAUGGCAGGUGAGCUGGGCUCCGGCCUUGCCAUGCCCUGCCUCGAUGCACUACUGGCCCCCACCCCUGCUCCGGCUCCCAUAGGAGAGGGUGCUGGAGAGGAGCCUGCAGGUUUACCCAGCGUGGCGGCGACUGCCUGCCUCAAGGCCGAGGUGGACAAGUCAGCCCAGGUGGACAUCGACAAGAUGCUGAGUGUCUGCACAGCUCCACUUGUGCCCCCACUCUCUCCUCAGUACAAGUGACUGUCCUGUCCUGCUCGGUCCCUCCUGCUAAGCCUGAGCCAGGACAGCCAUCAGGACAGGCCCACGCAUUCAAGUGGAGAGGGGAAUCUGGCCCUUCCCUACUUGGGAACCUGAGUUCAUUGAAAAUAAACAUUUUCCUCAAGAC